AUGAUUUCUGAAUAUGUCGGCGAGAUCGAAGAACUUCCACCUGACCCGCGAAUAUGGUCUGGAAAGCGAUACCGCAAGUAUCUCUACCAUACAGCCCAAGCGGCAAUAUGGACCUCCACUGUCUAUUACCCCAUUCGCUUACUUAUGAUUCUGCUGGAGGCUCAGCAAUCCUGGCCAAUGUGGUUAAUGUUGGCUGUGGAAGCUAUAUUUGGUCGCUUGUCUUAUCAAGAUCAGCGCCUCACCGUUGCGGCCGGUGGGGAACCUGAGCGCGGGCCGCGAAAAAGGCUACGGCUUCGGGGCAGCCACAACCUGCCACGAGUCGAUGUCUUGAUCCCCUGCUGCGGCGAGCCAGUUAGUGUAAUCUUGGACACCGUUCGCGCUGCCUGCACUAUGGACUACCCAGAGUCUCAGCUACGAGUGCUUGUCCUUGACGAUGGCGCUUCAACCCAGCUGCGUGAUGCUGUCUCGGAGUUGCACUCUAAAUGGCCUUAUCUCUUCUAUCACACACGCGGUAGGCAAUCUGGCCGAGUGUUUGCCAAAGCCGGAAACCUGAACUAUGCACUAUUCACUGUUCAGAAAGAUACUCCACCGGAGUUCUGUGCUAUUCUGGAUGCAGAUUCUAUCCCAAAGCCGGACUUUCUCAGAGCAACCCUUCCCCACUUGCUUCUAAGCCCCCAGACAGCGUUGGUUACUACCCGGCAAUAUUUUGACAACCUUCCUGCCGGGGACCCCCUCUCGCAAUCUCGCCUUCAUUUUUACACCUGCCAGAACGCCGAGCUAGACCGCUGUGGACGUGCGAUUGAUGCAGGGUCCGGGGCGGUGUUCCGGCGCAACGCAAUCAUUGAUGUUGGUGGGUAUCCUACCUUUUCAUUCUCAGAAGAUUGGCAGCUUUCCCUGAUAUUGCGGGGCAUGGGAUACCGUACUGUCCAAGUACAAGAGCCGCUGCAAUUCGGGCUUGUUCCCACAUCUCUCGAAGGGCACAUUGCCCAGAGAAACCGAUGGCACAUUGGUCAUUCCCAGCAACUGUUUACUUUACGGCCGCUGACCAGCAGUUCCAUACCACGCCACCUUCAGUGGAGCAUUGCAUGCGGUGGCUUGGCCAUCACUUUGGGAUUGGUAGGCCAUGUCAUUGGAUAUGGUGCUGUUCCGUGGCUUUUAAUGUCCCGGUCGCUGAUCCCCGCCUCUUCGUCCUUCCUGAUCAAGACUCAGGUAAUUCUGGGCUUGCUUCAUGUCUCUACCAUGUGGGCGUAUGGGUGGCUCCAGACUGCCCAUGCGGGGAUUCGAGGAUCCCCAUUUUCGCAGCUGGAAAACAGUUGGCUAGCUGGCGACUCUCUUGUCCCACAACGCCCACUGCGGCGCUUGUUAUCGCGUUGUCUGACACCGGCGGACUUCAUGAUGUUACCAACCCUUGCACUAUUCCUUGGGAGGACUAUUUUGAAUGCUCGGCAUGUUGUGAUGUCACACUAG